AUGGUCAUUGAAACGAUAGAUCGGUAUAUCAAGUUCAGGGAGAGAUGGAGAAAACAGCGACCCAAAGCCGUUUCGACAGCCGAAGAAGUUAUGAAAGCACUAAAAGAAGACGACCGAGACCAGUGCCUCUUCGAAAUCAGCCGGGUCAGAGAUGUUUUGGCGUCAGAUUAUGAAGGCCAAACUAUUCUUUCUUGGGCAUCCCGUCGAGGCUGGACGGAAAUUGUUCAUGCAUGUUUGGAAAUCGGCUCUGUUGUAGACUCCGAGGACAAUUUGAAGCGCACACCACUCAGCUACGCUGCAGAGAAUGGACAUACGGAAGUAGUGCGCAUUUUGAUAAAGAGCCAGGCACUCCCCACAACAAAAGACGAAGACUGGAGGACACCCUUGUCAUACGCAUCGCAGAAUGGACACGAUUGUGCAAUAACAUUGCUGAUGGCCGACCAACGAGUAAAUCCAGAGACCAAAGAUAAACGCGGAUGGCUUCCAUUGCAUUGGGCAGCGGCAUUUGGUCACUGUGACGCGAUCACAGUUUUGUUGCAAGAGAAAAUUGGAAUAAACGACCUUGAUUUGGAUGGGAAGACACCUUUCAGAGCUGUCAAGAAGAAGCGGCGCAGCGGCUAG